AUGCAUAAAUUGAAAAAAGAGAUUCUGUUUUGGAAGUACUUAAUUUUAUUCAUUACUUUUUUGCUUAUAUGUAGGUGCAACAUCCAUUACCAUGACUUUAUUCUGAGAGAAGCUAAUUUUACAAGGUUAUGUAGCACGAAGAGCAUGUUAAUAGUGAAUGACAGUUACCCAGGACCAGUGAUUCAUGUUCAUAGAGGAGACAUGGCGUUUGUUAACGUUCACAAUCAAGGAAAUUAUGGUGUCACUAUUCAUUGGCAUGGAGUGAAGCAACCAAGAAAUCCAUGGUCAGACGGACCAGAGUAUAUCACACAGUGUCCCAUUAAGCCUGGAACAAACUUCACCUACGAGGUCAUAUUUUCUAGUGAAGAAGGAACCCUCUGGUGGCAUGCUCAUAGUGAUUGGACAAGAAGCAGUGUCCAUGGUGCCAUUGUCAUUUAUCCUGCAAUUGGAACUACUUACCCCUUUACGAAGCCUGAUGAUGAAGAAAUUAUUGUAAUUGGAUCAUGGUAUAACGGAGAUAUCAACAAAGAAGUUCUUGAGGAUCUCCAAACUGGUGUGGACAUGCCAGAGUCUGAUGCUUUUGUUAUCAAUGGCCAACCAGGAGAUUUUAGCGAAUGCUCGAAUGGAACAACAACGUAUCGCAGGCUGAUUGAUUCUGGUAAGACCUAUCUUCUUCGCAUUGUCAACGCAGCAAUGAAUGCAGAUCUCUUCUUUGCUAUUGCUCAACACAACAUCACAGUUGUUGGAAUGGAUGGAAACUACCUCAAACCCAUAGCAACACCUUAUAUUGUAAUAUCCCCUGGACAAACUAUGGAUGUUUUACUCUCAGCAAAUCAGUCUUUGGGUCAAUACUAUAUGGCCACGAGAGAAUAUCACAGUGCAGAUUAUAGCGAUUAUGACGCAACAAAUGCUACUGCAAUUCUCGAGUAUAGAGGCAACUAUACUCCUCCAGCUUACCCUUCCUUCCCAUCUUAUAAUCUUCCUUCAAGUGAUGACUUUGUUGCAGCAAACAAUUUCUUGGAUCGACUAAGGAGCAUGGCAAGUCCAGAAUAUCCGGUAAAGGUCCCGGAAGAUAUCACUACCAGGAUGUUCAUAGUAGUUUCUAUGAAUAUGAUUCUUGUUGCUAAUGGUUCAUUAGAGGGGAUCACAGAAUAUUAUAAGCUCGCUUCAAGCAUGAACAAUAUCAGUUUUGUGAACCCUGCAACCGAUGUGAUGGACGCCUAUUAUUGGAACAUGAGUGGGUUUUAUACCACAGAUUUUCCUGACCAGCCAUCUUCUUAUUUCAACUUCACAGAAAGUGAUGUUCUUCUUAAUGCUUCAUCAACAGUAAAAGGAACCAAGGUGAAGAUUUUGAAUUAUAACGAAGCAGUGGAGAUAAUAUUCCAAGGGACCAAUUUCUUGGAUGCAUCAGAGGCUCACCCAAUGCACUUGCAUGGCUAUAACUUCUUUGUUGUCGGAACAGGGUACGGGGAUUUUGACCCGGAAAUUGAUCCAAAAGGGUACAAUUUGGUUGAUCCACCUCAACUGAAUACAUUUGCAGUCCCCAAGAAUGGAUGGCUUGCCAUCAGAUUUGUAGCCACCAAUCCAGGUGUAUGGUAUUGGCAUUGUCAUUUUGAUCGACAUCUAAGUUGGGGAAUGAGCACAGUUUUUAUUGUAAAGAAUGGUGACACUCCUGAGACAAGCGUUCGCGAUCCCCCUGCUAACUUGCCUCAAUGUGAAGUUCCAUUAACUAAUUGGCUCAAACAAUUUUAUCAUUCAGACGGAGAAGUAUAUAUAAAUUAAAUGGCAAUUGAUUAGGAUGUUGCUGAAAGCCUUGCACGGCCAUAUUGAAUUUUCCUUCUUUUUUUUUUUUUUUUUUUUUUUUUUUUUUUUUUUGCCUCGGAUCAUGUUGUGACCGGGUUUUGAUCCUAUUUGUAAAGACUAUAUAUAUAUUAUAUUAUAUUAUAUUAAAAAAAGAGAGAUAAUAACUGUUAUUUUCCCACUUUCCCCGACAUAGCCACUUAAAUUUUCGUUCUCAUUAUUAAAUACCAACGUUUAACUCUUUGUUGAGUAGAAACAGUUGAUUUUCAUUCUCA